GCAUCCUUUCCCCUCAUCAUCCAUCACUCUUCCCCCUUCAAAAUCUCUCUCUCUCUCUACAAAGUGCAGAGUGAGUUUCAAAAAUGGUGGUUGCGUGAAGAAGAAGCUUGGUAUCUCUGUGUGUUUUCUCGAGAAGUCAUAAAACAGUUGUUGUCUUCCAAGUAUUGAGAAUGGGAAAGACCAAAGACCUCAAUCACAAAGAUAGAGAGAUAGUCGAGGCUGUUCUUCACCUCCUCCGCAAACAAUCCCCUCUCUCUCUUCGACAGGAAAAAUUCUGCAACUACGCUUGUGUCCAGCGGUUUCUAAAAUCAAAAGGUGAUAAUGUGAAGAAAGCUGCGAAGCAACUUCGAGCUUGCAUUUCAUGGAGAGAGACUAUCGGCACUGACAAUUUGAUAGCUGAUGAGUUCUCCGCCGAGAUCGCCGAAGGCGUUGCUUAUGUCGCCGGUCACGAUGAAGAUUCCAGACCCGUGAUGAUUUUCCGGAUUAAGCAAGACUACCCGAAGUUGCAUUCUCAGAAACUGUUUGCUCGUUUGCUGGUGUUUACAUUGGAGGUUGCCGUUCAAACCAUGCCCAGAAAUGUUGAACAAUUUGUUCUUCUCCUUGAUGCAAGCUUUUACAGAUCAGCAUCAGCUUUUAUGAAUAUGAUGAUGGCAACACUGAAGAUCAUAGCUGAGUACUACCCUUCUCGCCUUUACAAGGCUUUUGUCAUUGAUCCUCCAUCCCUCUUCUCUUAUCUUUGGAAGGGUGUACGCCCAUUUAUUGAGCUAUCACCAAUCACCAUGGUGGUCUCAUCACUUGACUUUGAAGGGCCAUUAGAGUUCAACGACUGCUCAUCCUACCCACGAGCCUCAUCCCUCCGAUUCGACCCCUCCUCAGUCCCAUCAACGGACAAGAUUGGCUCUUGCUCCUCUUCGCGGUUUUCAUUCACUGUUUCUCACCACUUCGACUCCCUCAAGCCCUGGUACCUGUCAUUGACUGACAUGUCAACAUCCAAGGUGGGCCCCACUACCCCCUCUUCUUCUCUCUUGGGCCCUGCUUUGAUCUCCCCUCUCAACGCCCGAUCCCUCUCAUUCGCAUCACCAGUGGCCAGGACGCCACCUGGCAACAUCAACGGCUCUAAGAGGGGGUUCUUUCCAUCAACACCGUUGCCUCAAAAAACCCAAAAUGUGGACCCCACAAGCAUCAACCAUCCGAGGACACCAAAGCCCUCGUUCCUCCAAUCACCAGCCAUGUUCUUCCGGAAGGAUUGCCACGUCAGUCGGUCCGAGAAGUCUCGAGAUUCGUUCCUUCCAUUUUUGAAAUUUUAUCGCCGACCGUAUGAUGAGAUGACUUAUAAGGCGAGAAUGAGGCCCCCAUUAGGCGGUCUAAUCUCCAUCGUCUCUCCUCAACUUAGGCGUCACCACAUGUCAGUGUCUCAACGGUUCUGAUUAAAAUUUCAAACGGUAUAUAGUGAUAUGUUAAUCAAGUUUAUGUACACAAAAUUAAAACCCUAAAAAGUAACAAAGAUGUAUAUGUCAACAUGAUAGAACCAUAUGACUAUUUUUAAAGAUUGAUUUUAUUAUGUUGGCAUAUAUAUUUUUAAUACUUUUUUGUGAUUUAAUUAUGUGAAUGUAGACCUUUUUCUUAAUUAUAUAUUGACAAGAGAUACCUCUACUAAUAAUUGAUUAGUAUUGUUUGUUAAUUCAAUCAAGGAAUUAAUAGUGCUUUAUUACAUCUCGUGCGUUGAUUUUGAUUACCAAUGCCAUCAAAAUUGGAGAGAGAGAGAGAGUACGUGCAAAGUGGGAUGUGAAAUAGUGUGCAAUCUAUAUAGAUAUAGAUAUGUUUGAUUUUGGGUGAUGGAAAGGCAAGGCAUUGAAAGAAGACAGCGUGGUCGAGACGGUGAACAAUUUACAUUGGAAAUCAUAUAUAUGAAGCCUUUGUUUCAAUUCUUUUGUUUUUUUGCUUUUGUUUUUUGUGUUUUGAAAAUGAAGAUUUAGAGUUGUUGAUGGGGGUGAUGGAAUCUUUAGAGUAGUCUCCAUGGUUGGACUUUGUUAUGUUCACAAUAAAUAAAUAAAAAAGAAAUAGAACAAUGUUUGAAAA